AUGAUUUAUUCAAAUGCUACAAAUGAAAUACUCAACUCCAUACAUCCAUUAAAGGCUGACUCCGACACAUUGCCUCCAGCAGAGCGAAAAAGGACCUCAUCAAUUGUCAACUAUCUCCAUCUGGACGCCGAUAAAAUUCUCUCAGCUUACGGGAAAUAUGGAAGAUACCAGAUGAUCACAUACUUUAUAACGAACACUGUACAUAUUCUUUUUGCCAUCAACAUGAUGGUGAUGCCCUUCAUUACAGAGGACCCCAAGUUCGAAUGUAUGAUCACCCCACCUGAAGGGGUGCACUGGGAUUACAAGAUCGUAGACAAAUGUACAGUGAUGGACAGCAACAACUGGACACUCUCAUGUGACCGUAUUCCGGGUGCAAGGUAUCGGUACAACGAUACGAAUCACGAGUCACUGGCUUCUGAGUUCAAUUUGGUCUGUGACAACUAUGAAUCAGUCGAACACGGUGCCUCCGUAUUUAUGCUGGGAGGGAUGCUCGUUGCUCCCAUCAUCACGCAACUUUCCGACCUCUUUGGUCGUCGCCUCACGUUUCUCAUUCCUCUCUACGUGGCGGUCGCGUCAAAUCUGAUCUGCGCCAUAGCACCAAACUACACGAUCUUCCUUAUUUUUAGAUUUUUCGCUGGAGUAGCCACUACGGGUUUCUCGGUGAUCGGAUGGGUUUUGUGCAUGGAAUCAGUAGCCUUGGAGUUCCGUUCGCUCAUUCCAUUGAUGGGUACCAUCACAUGGGUGAUCGGUUACCUCGCUGCUGGCGUACUGCGACUGUUCAUUUCGAACUGGCGGUGGCUGUACUUUGCUGUUUCCGUUCCAGGACUGCUUACAAUACCAUACUAUUGGUUUACGCCAGAAUCGAUUCAUUGGCUUAUAGCGAACAAGAAAAAUAAAGGGGUCUCCAAGUAUAUCCGUACUUCAUCCCGUUUCAAUCGUGCCGAAAUUCCUUUGCACGAGUGCAAAUCGGCAAGUAACUUGACGGACGAGGCCAAGAAGCGAACAUUUUUCGACAUGUUCAAAAAUCCUGGCCUAGUUCUUCAUCUCAUCAUGAACGCUUAUAUUCUAAUUGUUAUGAAUGGCACAUACUGGGCAUUGUCCUUAUUCUCUACCGAACUCAGCGAGGACAAGAUGACCGGCUUUUUUCUUUCAGGAAUCGUCGAAAUACCAGCGGGACUAAUUGCCAUUGCACUUCUAGUAAGUUUUAGUGGUUACAUGGCACGUAGAAGACACGGUAAAGGGAGCAGGCUUUCUUUGGCGGAGAAUAGAUCAGCCGAUGUUCUUCUAUUUUUCUGA